GAUCCGAGGGGAGGGCCGAGUCCUCCACCCCCAUUGGCCGAUCGCCGGUGGGCCCCGCCCUCCGGGCGGGCGGCCAUUGGCGGUGCCGAAGCGGGGGCGUGCCGGCGCGUGCGCGCGGCCGGCCGGCGGGCGGGGUAAGAUGGCGGAACUGGGGAAGAAGUACUGCGUGUACUGCCUGGCCGAGGUGAGUUCCCUCCGCUUCCGCUGCACCGAGUGCGCCGACAUCGAGCUCUGCCCCGACUGCUUCUCGGCGGGUGCCGAGAUCGGCCCGCACCGACGAUGGCACGGCUACCAGCUCGUCGACGGCGGUCGCUUCACCCUCUGGGGCGCCGAGGCCGAGGGCGGCUGGAGCAGCCGGGAGGAGCAGCUGCUGCUGGACGCCAUCGAGCAGUUCGGCUUCGGCAACUGGGAGGACAUGGCUGCUCACGUGGGAGCCUCCCGAACGCCUCAGGAGGUGAUGGAACACUAUGUGAGCAUGUAUAUCCACGGCAACCUGGGAAAAGCCUGCAUCCCUGACACUAUUCCCAACAGAGUAACGGAUCACACGUGUCCCAGCGGUGGCCCGCUUUCUCCUAGCUUGACCACGCCGCUCCCACCAUUGGAUAUAUCGGUGGCUGAGCAGCAGCAGCUGGGAUACAUGCCGCUUCGGGAUGACUACGAGAUUGAAUAUGAUCAAGAUGCGGAGACUCUGAUCAGUGGCCUUUCGGUGAACUAUGAUGACGAUGAUGUGGAAAUAGAGUUAAAAAGAGCUCACGUAGACAUGUAUGUAAGGAAACUCAAGGAGAGGCAACGGCGGAAGAACAUUGCGCGAGACUAUAACUUGGUACCGGCCUUUCUGGGGAAGGAUAAAAAGGACAAGGAGAAAGCUCCCAAACGAAAGAUCACAAAAGAAGAGAAGGAGUUGAGGCUGAAACUGAGGCCUCUGUACCAGUUCAUGUCUUGCAAGGAGUUUGAAGACUUCUUUGAGAACAUGCACAAGGAGAGGAUACUUCGAGCAAAGAUUCGGGAGCUGCAGCGGUAUCGUCGAAAUGGAAUCACCAAAAUGGAAGAGUCGGCAGAAUACGAGGCAGCCAGGCAUAAACGGGAAAAGAGGAAGGAGAACAAAAACAUAGCUAGUUCUAAGAGAGGGAAGGAAGACGGUAAAGAGGGUGAAUUUGCUGCCAUUGAAAACCUGCCUGGCUUUGAACUCCUAUCGGACCGGGAAAAGGUGCUCUGCAGCUCUCUAAAUUUGAGUCCUGCACGUUAUGUGACUGUAAAAACUAUAAUCAUUAAAGACCAUCUCCAAAAAAGACAAGGAAUUCCUUCAAAGAGUCGCCUUCCCAGUUACUUAGAUAAGGUACUGAAGAAAAGGAUUUUAAACUUUCUCACAGAAAGCGGUUGGAUAUCCAGGGAUGCUUCAUGAAACUCAGCUGAUCUGAAAAAACACAGCAGAGGCCCAUUAGAGCCUCAAGAACUCCGUUAUUUUUUCCUUCCCUCCCCAAAGAUACAGAAAUUAUGUCCCUUAACAACAACAAAAAAGCAAAUAUGUAAACCCCCACAGUAUUCAUGAUCCGUGGUUCAAAUAGACUUUAGCUUUGGAUCAUGGAAAAUACUUAAUUGUGAAACUUCUACAUUGGAUUUCACUGCUUUUGGUACAUUAUUAGAACAGAUUUCUUUCAUGUGAACUUAUUCAAGUCCAGUAGUCCCAGAGUGCUUUACUCCUUGCUGCUGGACAAAUGAAUAUCUGUGUAAUCCUUGCUUGUUUUUUUGAAGGGGGGAGAUAGUUUUCAGCAAAUGAAACCUUCUUCUCCCUUUUUUUGUUUUGUUUUGUUUUUUUUUUUUUUGGCGUAAUGCUGGCAGCAAAGUGAAGGUUACAAAAGUCCUGAGCUCAGGAGCAUGCCGAGCGGGGAUUUUUGUGACCAUUGCUAAGGUUUCCGAACAUUCUCCUUAGUAACUACAGCCGAGGCACUGGGACAGCGGGGUGAGAGUUUCUGUUGAGAAUACAGCAGGGAUGAGCCAUGGCAGGGAGUAGAAGGAAUGAAAUAUGGUAGGUGAGAUGCCUCCAGGUACUUGUGCUGUGGAAAGGGUUCUUGAAGAGCUACUGCCUUCACACCCAGCUGGUCCGGACAUAGCUUUGAUGUGUUUGCUGAAACAGACCCCACUGAAGCUUCGAUGUUAAUUCACUCGUAGCGAAGUUGCAGGAGUACAGGGCAGCUGUGGUGCUCUGUUCCGGAGAAGGGGUCAGCACUACUGUGAAGUAGCUGAUUUGGGCCAGAAAUGGGGUUUGGGAAAAAUAGGCGGUGAGUUUUCUUGCAGGGGUUGGGAGCCCCAGGAAGCAAAAUCAGUUUCUUCUUGUGGGGGGAGCCUACUCCUCCUCCUUUGAUAUCUGUAACUUCCAAGCUUCUACGGGCUGAGGAGGUGUAGCUGCCUCCUUCUGGAUUUGAUUGUGAGGGACAGGGAGCGAGAUUCUCAAACAGAGAGUGGUGACUGAGAUGAUGAUUGUUUUUUAAAAACAAAAAUGAGAAGUGAUACAGAUUAGGUAAAAAUACACGGCCAGCAUGGUCUGGUCCUAAAGUACGGAGCUGUAAAUCAAGCCAUUACAGGGUUCUAAUUGCACAUAACUUGAAAUGUACCGGACUAAACCUGUUGAAAUGACUGACAUGGUAGGAGAACUGUGAAUGCAGCCCAGUGCAGGGAGAACAGUGCACCGUGACAGAUAACUCGUCACAACUCUGACGACUAUGCUCUCAACUGGGUGCUUGCGACAGGCGCCAGCUGGUGAUAUAACACAGCGCGUAACAAAUGCCAGAUCCACAGUGCUGUACCGAUUAGGGGAAACAUGUUGAAGGAGGACUAGAAAACGAUUUUUAUACUCGCUUCAUCCUUAAAUUCCCAUGGUGGUAUUUAAUCAAAUGAAUAAAAAUUGGUGGUUGCCCCAUGGAAGAUGGCACAGUGUUACUUGUGCCUAAGCCUGUCUGCCGCUCAUGUCCAGAGCAGGAAGCGGUGACUGGAGGCCAGCUGGGCAGGUCUCCUGGAGCACAGGUGUGCCAAAACGUGGAACUUCACUGGCUUCCGAACAAGUGCAAGCACUGGAAACAACAUCUCGGUUUGAUGCUUUGGGCUGUAGUCAGUGAGGAUACCACAAAAUCUUAAAACAGUAUUAAUUCUGCACCUUGGCAGAGGUAUACUGAUCAGAACUGGGUUUUAGUUAAUGUGUCCAGCAUUACCAAAAUAGCGUUACCAGUGAGUUUAGAAUAAAAGGGGUACAAUUACAAAGCCAGCAUUUCUAUGGAAGAAAAAACCAAAACUCUAGUGCCUUUUUCUUUUGAGCUUGUGAUGUUAUGUCCCUUCAAAAAAGGUAAGGGCUAUGUCCUCUCGGAUGUAAUAUUUUGUUUGGCUUACGUGUAGGUGGCUUCUUGUGGAGUACUUGAGCCAAAACUGUCUCUGCUUGGCAGCAGUGGAACUAACUGCAAUGUGCAGAGUAGCUUUUAAGACCCACUUCCACCCUAUAUGCAUGUACAAAGAGCACACAAGUUCAUAAGGUAUAAACCCUUGGUUAUUUUCUCUGUCCUACUCCCGUGGAAAGGAAGCUCAGCCUUUCUUUCUAGUAUUCUAGUUAUGCAAUUUGGUUCUUCCUGUAACUUGUUACCUAACUGCCAUAACAUACCAUUACUGAUAAGUGUUCCGGAGCCUCAACUCUGCAUGUAGCUGGGAGUUUAAAAGAACUGAGGGGUUUUUUUAAUUAUUAUUUUCUCAGAUCCGUGAUUUUUGUAUUUCUACACUGUUUUGGCACAUCUAAGUCUAACUGAAGCAAUAGUCUAAAACCCAUCUGAACAGUAACUUAAAAAAAAAAAAUCUAGGCACCAACGAGUCACUUAAAUGUUGAAGUGAAUUCUGCAUUUACAUUUUGUAGUUUCUUAAUUCCUCAGCCCCUCCAAAAUGUUUCUUUGGUGCUAGACGUAACUUAUUGAACAUCAAAAUGAAUGUAAAAUAAAGUAUUUUUAAUGUAUGAAAUAUGGAUAUCAAUAUUUAUUUUAUACUUGCAAGCGAAUUCAAGGUGGUAAAUGUUUGCUUUAGCAAAUACUAGUCCCUUGGAAAGGGCUUCCCUAGAAGCAAUGUCUCAUUGUCAGCUAUGCUUUUAAUUUUAAAGGUGACUUGCACUAGAGGAUGCUGCUGUUCCAUAUUUUCACAUGGAACUGAUUUAGUCUAAGCAUUCCUUUGUUAUGAGCUGCUGUUUUUUUGUUUGAUUGUUUGUUUGUUUUUAAAUUGAGAUGCAGUUAUAUUAAUCCAGCAACUUACUAGAGCUACGCUGCUUCUCUUCUGUGGUGAAGGGGCUGAGAAAAAAAACAUGGCAAAGAGCUCUUCAACUUGUAUUUUCUGUUGAUCUGGAAGUGCUUCCUGUACUGUACGAAUAACCUCGCCUUCAUGUUGCUAAUGAAAAGGUGUUUUAUAUGCUUAAUGCUCUUGACUUUUCUAAUUAAAGAUAUUACUAAUGAUAGUAUCUGUCCUAACAGCAUUGAUGUAAACCUAUGAAAAAGUGUCACUCCAUAAGCUAUUCAAAAUACUGAUCUGCUACUGAUAGAGGCAGCAAUAAGUCUGUUUUAAUGCUGUAUGUUUACUUCAAUCAGUCCAGUCCCGCUGAUGUUCUACAGUAAUAUUUGCUCACUAGGUAACAAGGGAGCAUUAAUCUCCAUUCUGUGUGUAUUACCCAGCGCAGAAGGGCUUGUUACAGAGUAUUCUGGACACAGACCCUCCUGCCCUACGUUCCGUUGCAGUCCCUGCAAGCAUUAAUAACAGCGUUAGUAGGUUUGCACGAGCCUUUGACCAUAAACUGCCUUGUAAAUCACACAAACUAAGCACUCUGCCAUUAUUCUCUUGUGUGGUGGCUGCAUCAAAGUUCUUUGCAACUGUAACAGAUUUCAUUAGCUUUUUGGUUUACUAUCUCAUCUUGCAAAAUGUUUUUGCAUGUGCCCCAAUUGCUCUUAAGUGAUGACACAUUAAAUACUGUGAAGGAAGGUACCUGGUGAGCAUGUUCAGCUCAUCAGCUGCUUCCUUAAAGGGAAUGUUGCACUCAUUUGAAUAGUGUCCUGGUGCAGCUGUGCCAGACACACAAAUGCCUGUGCUGAAAUCAUGUAAAACCUAUCUGAUGUUGUGCACACUCAGCAUUUUACUAGGUUUUUGCAUUGUAUAUUGGUAAAUAAACUUGUAUUAAAGUUUC